CGGCGGCAGCCAUUGAUAACAUGAACGAGUCCGAGCUCUUCGGCAGGACAAUCCGUGUGAACUUGGCCAAACCAAUGCGAAUUAAAGAAGGAUCGUCCAGGCCGGUCUGGUCGGACGAUGACUGGCUGAAGAAGUUUUCAGGGAAGACUCUGGAGGAGAACACAGAGGAGGCAGGAGCCGAGGCCCCCAAACCAGAGGCGCAGGAGGGCGAGCCUCCCGCCAAGAAAUCCCGGGUCAACCCUCAGGUUUACAUGGACAUCAAGAUCGGAAACAAACCUGCGGGUCGGCUGCAGAUCCUCCUGCGCUCGGAUGUGGUGCCCAUGACCGUAGAGAAUUUCCGCUGCCUCUGCACCCACGAGAAAGGCUUCGGCUUCAAAGGGAGCAGCUUCCACCGCAUCAUCCCCCAAUUCAUGUGCCAGGCCGGCGACUUCACCAACCACAACGGCACCGGAGGCAAAUCCAUCUACGGGAAGAAGUUUGACGAUGAAAACUUCAUUCUCAAACACACAGGACCAGGGCUGUUAUCGAUGGCGAACUCCGGCCCGAACACCAACGGCUCCCAGUUCUUCAUCACCUGCGACAAAACAGACUGGCUGGACGGGAAGCACGUGGUGUUCGGCGAGGUGACGGAGGGCAUGGACGUGGUGCGGCAGAUCGAGGCUCAGGGCACCAAAGACGGGAAACCGAAGCAGAAAGUGAUUAUUUCGGACUGCGGGGAGUGCCCGUGAGCUCGGCUCUG